CAUCUUGUGUUUUCAUUGUGGUUAUAAGUGUUGGACUAUAAAUCUAUCUCAACUACAGGGAAAGCAGCUAUUGAGAGUUAAACAAUACUAGAAACAUCAGCAGCAGCAGCAACAACAACAAUAAUAAGACUGGUUGCGGUCAACCAAAAGGGUCACAAUACACGCCCCUCUGGCUGGGCCUUGUAAAAUAUCGCACUGCAGAUACACCAGGGGUGGGGGGAGGAGGGGGCUGGAAGUUAGAAUGGUAUAGGGAUGACUAAACCUUCAAAAUUUCGGUCUCGCCGCUGCCUUUGGUUGACAUGGACAGUAAUUCCAGAGGUAAAGAAGGGCGGGAGGAGCCGGAAGCGGAACUGGGCUGUUGCGGCUACGUGCUGACGGGUGUUUCCAUCUUCAUCCUCAUCAUCUUCUUCCCUUUCUCCCUCAUCUGUUCACUAAAGAUCGUGCAGGAGUACGAGCGAGCUGUCAUCUUCCGGUUGGGUCGGGUCCUUUCCGGGGGAGCCAAAGGACCAGGUCUGUUUUUCCUGAUGCCCUGCGUUGACACGUGUAGGUGUGUCGACAUGAGGACCUUCUCCUAUGAUAUUCCACCACAAGAGAUUCUGUCACGUGAUUCGGUGACGGUGUCGGUUGACGCGGUUAUAUACGCGAGGAUCUUUGACGCCGUGAUAUCGAUUUGCAACGUGGAGAACGUGCACUCGUCGACGCGCCUCCUGGCGGCAACGACGCUCCGGAACGUGCUGGGAACCAAACAACUCUCGGAGAUUCUCACGGACCGCGAGAUUAUCGCGCAGCAGAUGCAAACCAUCCUGGACCACGCCACGGACCCCUGGGGAGUGAAGGUGGAGAGAGUGGAAGUGAAGGAUGUCCGACUUCCGGUUCAGAUGCAGAGGGCCAUGGCGGCGGAAGCUGAAGCCACUAGGGACGCGAGGGCCAAGGUGAUCUUGGCGGACGGAGAAAUGAAGGCCUCCCGAUCACUGAAGGAAGCCGCCGACAUCAUGAGCCAGUCGCCUUGCGCCAUGCAGAUCCGGUACCUGCAGACGCUCAACUCGAUCGCCGCCGAGAAGAACUCGACCAUCAUUUUCCCGCUGCCCAUCGAUUUGCUAAGCGGACUGAUGAAGAAAUAAUCGCGCGUGCGCGAACGAAAUGAUUUUGAAGAAGAAACAAUAUAUUUUACAUGUUCUUUAAUGCAAUUCAAUAUGCUUGGCUGACUGAUGAAGAAAUAACACUGGAUGUAGCGCCUAUGAAAUGUCAAUACGUAUUACCCUGACAUCAAUUAUGACUACUGCUACAAUAUGAACAGCAACAAGUGAACAAAACAAAUGGAUAUGAUGUAAAAGAAAUAAAUGCGUGUUUACGAUAUCGAUUUUUACCACAAGCGCACAAGAGUUAAGAAACAAAUUACUUUAUCAAAAAACAGUCCGUGAAGAAAGUUCAUUUCGCUUUUAUUAAUAUAUAUUUGUUUAUAUGUACUUGUCCGUUUUUAUAAGUGCUUAUUUUUUUUCUCCAGUUCUUUCUUAAAGAACCCAUUUUAUGACAUAGUUAUGUAUUUCCUUACACGUGUCCUAGCGUUCAAUAUAUAACCACAAGUUAAUAGCUUCAAUAAAUAUUAGAAAUUCUG